CACAUCAAUCCAGGAAUGAUGCACUGUGACGGAUUGGACCCAGGGGAGCUCCAGUAUGCAUAUACCAUGAUUUUUGCAAUAGAAGAGAUCAACAACAGCUCAGAGUUGCUGCCAGGAGUCACACUGGGCUACAGAAUCUUUGACUCAUGUCCGAGCAUCCCGCUGUCAAUCAGAGCUUCAUUGAACCUGAUGAACCAGUAUGAAAAUGAGGAAAGCAGCUGUGACCAUUUUUCAACUGUACAUGCUGUGAUCGGGGAUACCACAUCCACCUCUACCAUUGGCAUUGCGCGCACCAUGGGGCCCUUCCGCAUACCUGUUAUCAGCCAUUCAGCCACCUGUGCAUGUCUUAGCAAUAGAAGAAACUACCCGUCUUUCUUCAGAACCAUACCCAGUGACUCUUAUCAGAGUAAAGCCCUGGCAAAGUUGGUAAAACACUUUGGUUGGAGCUGGGUGGGAACAAUCAGGACCAACAGUGACUAUGGCAAUGGUGGCAUGUCAACGUUUCUGAGAGCAGCUGAAAAGGAAGGCAUUUGUGUUGAAUACUCAGUGGCCAUUUACCGAACAGACCCCAGGAAGUGGUUCUUGAGGGUGGUGGACAUCAUUAAAGCCUCCACCUCUAAAGUUAUAGUUGCCUUCACGGAUGGCACAGAUCUUGACAUUCUUAUUAAAGAGCUCUAUGUUCAGAAUGUGACCGGCCUGCAGUGGGUGGGUAGUGAAGGAUGGAUCACUUACCGCUACAUCGCUUCUCCGGUAAAUUAUGCAGUAGUUCAGGGAGCAGUGGGUUUUGCUCCACUUAAUGUGGACAUCCCUGAACUACAAGAGUUUUUAGCUAACAGCAAGCCUUCCACCAUACUAGGGGACCAUGGAUUAGUGGAAUUGUGGGAGAUGGUAUUUAGUUGCAAACUGAGUCCGCAAGCAGACAGUCAUGGUCAAACUUCAGUUUCAGCCUGCACUGGAAAUGAGUCUCUGAAGAACACCAGCUCACGCUUCACAGAUGUCUCAGAUGCAAGCUUGCUGAAUAAUAUCUACAAGGCCACAUAUGCUGUAGCUCAUGCACUUCACCUGUCACUCACGUGCCAAGAUGGACAAAGCCCUUUUCAGGGCAACAUCUGUGCAAAAAAGGAAAAUUUAAAACCAUGGCAGGUGCUACAUUACCUGACGCAAGUAAAUUUCACCACAAAGAUAGGUGAAAGUGUUUUCUUUGAUGAGCUGGGUGAUCCUGUGGCACACUAUGAACUGGUAAACUGGCAGAUGGAUGAGACCGGUUUCAUACACUUUGAGACCAUCGGAUACUUUGACGCUUUUCGCCCUGAAGGCCAACAGUUCCAAAUGAAAGCAGGCAUGAAAGCAAUCUGGGCUAAAGAGAACCCAGAGGUUCCAAAGUCUGUGUGCAGUCAGAGCUGUGUUCCAGGGACCCGCCAAGCUUUUAUUCAAGGAAAACCAAUUUGCUGUUUUGAUUGUAUUACCUGUGCCGAUGGAGAGUUCAGCAACAGUACAAAUGCAGUGAAAUGUGACAAAUGUCCUCCAGAGUACAAGUCCAAUCAAGAAAAGAAUAAUUGUGACUUGAAAGCUAUUGAGUUUCUCACCUUCCGUGAAGUGAUGGGUACACUCUUGGUCACCUUUUCUGUUUUUGGUGUCUUCCUGGCAUUGGCGGUAGCACUGAUAUUUUUCCUCUACAGGCACACUCCAAUUGUCCGUGCUAACAACUGUGAGCGGAGCUUCCUGCUGCUCUUCUCCUUGUCUCUCUGUUUCUUGUGUUCUCUAACCUUCAUAGCCCAACCAUCUGAGUGGUCCUGCAUACUGCGACAUACAGCAUUCGGGAUUACCUUUGUCCUUUGUAUGUCUUGUGUUCUGGGGAAAACGAUGGUGGUGUUAAUGGCCUUCAGAGCCACACUUCCAGGUAGCAAAGUCAUGAAAUGGUUUGGACCUGCACAGCAGAGACUCAGCGUUCUGGCUUUCACUCUGAUACAGGUUAUCAUUUGCAUCCUUUGGCUAGCAAUGAACCCGCCAUUUCCUUUUAAGAACACAAAACAGUAUAAGGAGAAGAUUAUUCUUGAGUGUGCUCUGGGGUCACCCAUAUGGUUCUGGGCUGUGUUGGGAUACAUUGGAUUCUUGGCUAUGCUGUGUUUUGUACUUGCCUUUCUUGCUCGGAAACUGCCUAAUAAUUUCAAUGAGGCUAAAUUUAUUACCUUCAGCAUGGUGAUAUUUUGUACAGUCUGGAUCACCUUUAUCCCAGCAUAUGUCAGCUCUCCUGGGAAGUUCAGUGUGGCUGUAGAGAUAUUUGCUAUUUUAGCAUCAAGUUAUGGAAUGCUAUUUUGUAUUUUUUUGCCAAAAUGUUACAUCAUUUUGCUGAAACCUCAGAAUAACACAAAAAAGCAUUUAAUGGGUCAUUCUAACCCCAGAGCCUUAUAA